CAGCCAGUAACGGAUAUCCAAAAUCCUGGAAUGCGUGGUGAAGCUUUGUAGCUUUGAAACAAACCACAGCUUCAAGUGUUUUCUUUAGGAAUUGGGACUGAGACUGACUUUCUUUUUCUUUCUGAUUCGGAGCUCUCACAAGCAAAGGAAUCGAGUCCAAGGAAUUCAGAAAUGACAGUAGCACCUUCGCUUUCCCGCCUCCAUUCUCCAUUUCUGUAUUGUCCUCUCAAGCCAACUUCAUCUACCUCUUUAUCAGUCACAUUCUCUGGAAAUCAACGAUCGCCACCAUCAUAUCCACGCAUCAGAGCAAUAGAUCUUGACCAAAACACGGUGGUGGCACUUUCAGUUGGGCUGGUGAGUGUUGCAGUUGGAAUAGGUAUUCCCGUCUUCUACGAAACCCAAAUUGAUAAUGCUGCAAAGCGUGAAAAUACUCAGCCCUGCUUUCCCUGUAGUGGUUCAGGAGCACAGAGAUGCAGAUUUUGCAUGGGAACUGGCAAUGUGACUGUAGAACUUGGUGGAGAUGAAAAAGAAGUCUCCCGGUGUAUUAACUGUGACGGUGUUGGCACAUUGACAUGUACUACAUGUCAGGGCUCUGGAAUUCAACCUCGAUACCUAGACCGCAGGUAUGUUUUAUUUUAUGGAUCUUUUGCUUCAUUUUUCUCUCUGGUAGUUGAAACUCGCCCGAAAAUCUAGCUGUGGAGACCAAGAAGUUGACGAGUGUUUACAUUUCCUUUGAACAGAGAAUUUAAAGAUGAUGAUUGAAGCCCUGCAGAACCAAACCCGGCAACAUCACCGAUUCCGAUUUUGUGUUUAAUUUGAUGGCUUGAAAUUGGCUUGAACCUUGUUAGUUCCAUUGAAUCGAAGAGCUUGGUAACUUCUACCUAGCAAUUCUUUUUGGUAACUUGCAUUCUUCUAAUGUAUAUCUGUGGUUAAUAAUACAAACAACAUUGUAAAAGGAGAGAAGAAUUAACUGUACUAUCCCGAGAUUAUGAAUUCAUCUCUAUUCACUGUCAGUGAAAUCAGAAAUGGGGGAUCAAACGCAAUCUGAUAAUCAAAAGCACUUCUUUUUGGUA